AGUAGGCUAUAACCUACGAAGAAGUAGAGAGCGGAAGUGCAUAGAAAACAUGGCGUCGCCCGGUGUUGACACAUUAGUAAUUGACAAAUCUGAAUAUAUUUUGUGAUAUAAGUACAAAAAGGAGUACAGGCCUGGUUUUGACGCUGCACCAGCUCUAUGGGCCAGGGCGACAGCUGCUGCUGUAACCAUGUGGAUGAGUCGUAAACCUGCUGGAGUUUCUCUGAGAGUCCUUCAACUGGUCCAGCACUGCUGGUUACAGACUGUAUGUGGGACAUGGGGCUGGAGGAGAGGGGGUGUGGGGCCAGCGGCUCAGCUCUGUAGGCUCAUGUCGUCUUCAGGACCCCCCUGGAGGCUCCUGUUUUUCGGCUCGGAUGAGUUCGCUGUAGAAUCUUUGAAAGUCCUGACAUCCAGCAGGUAAACCAGAAAGGGUCCACCUGACUGACUAUCCGAGAGCCUUAAACGACCCUGAGUGGCACCGCAGGGGUGGGACAGCAGCUCUGAGCACAAGAGCACACCCGAAUAUUGAGAAAUAUUAAAGGGCCUUUUUUAUUUGUGACUCUCUCUCUCUCUCUCUCUCUCUCUCUCUCUCUCUCUCUCUCUCUCUCUCACUCACUCUCUCGCUCUGUGUUUGUUAUUGAGAUAGAAUCAGAGGUCUGUGGUUUGGUAUGAAAAAAAUCUAAAAACGAAACAAGCCACAGGUUACUAUAGCAACAAAUGAACGGUCGCUGCACUGGCGAAGCAACAAACUCUGGACUUUACAGGUGGAUAAAUGUCCUGAAUAUGAAUUUAUUUAAGCAGAUACAGGUAUCGGAUAAGGGCUUGAUGUUGGCAGAUACUCUGAUUUUGGAUUAUUUGGGUUGGGAUUGAGGGCGAAGACAGGUUCAUGAAAAAAUCCCCAGUUACAGUUUAACCAUUACAGCUUUUUGUUCAGUGUUUUAGUUCCUUUCAGCACCAGAAAGCCCACUAUUUGAAGUGCAACAGCACAGGAUCAAGAUCAGUUUCUCUCCAUUGAUAAUAAACAUGAAACACAUAGUGGUUGUGGGUGAACUGUGUCCAGUGAGAGGUAGUUAUGUUGUCUUGCACAAGCGUUAAUGUAAAUACAGUAUUUUUUUACCUUCUAGGAUCUUUAAGGAGGUAAAAUAACUCAGUUUGAUCACAAAUUUCCAGUUCAGAAUCAUAGAUUUGUACACAACGUUGCAGCAUGUGAAAUUAUUCUUGCAUGUUGUUUUUGGGAGACAAGACUAACAUCUGUGUUCUGUUUGUAGGAACUCCUCUGACGGAUUAGUGAAGUCUCUGGAAGUUGUGACUCUGUCAGUUGAUGUCCCAGUGAAAAAGUUCGCUCUCCAGCACCAACUCCCAACCCACAGCUGGCCCCCCCAAAAUGUGGAUGGACAGUUUGAUGUGGGGUUGGUUGUGUCUUUUGGCUGUUUACUCCCUAAGAGACUCAUCAACAAGUUUCCACAGUAAGUGUUUUUGUGUAUCUGUGGUGUAAUGGGGCUUUAUUGCAUUGCAGUAAUUAUACAAAACUGUCUAAUUAAAGCCAGCGCUAUGGGACAAAAAAUCACUGAGGUGUUUAGUACACUGAAGCAACACCAAACAUGACUGAUUUAAGAGACAAACGAGAGACUGCAGUGAGUUCAUCAGUUAUUUGGGUCACACAACAGUGAUUAUCUCACAGACAUAAAUGUAGCUUUUGUCCUGCCAGGAGAAGAAGCUCCUGUCUUUUGAUUGACCCAGGUCACUAAAGUCACUUUGUUGUCUUUGCAAUAAUCCAAGAUGUAAUUAAAAUAAGCUGAACAUGCACAUCAAGCCCUUAUGUGUCACUAUGUGCACACUCUCUUUCAGUGGGAUCUUGAAUGUUCAUCCGAGCCUGCUGCCGAGGUGGCGAGGCCCUGCCCCUGUUUUCCACACCAUCCUGCAUGGAGAUACCAUGACAGGAGUUACCAUCAUGCAGAUUCGUCCGGACAGGUAUGAACAGUGGGGGAGUCUGGGUUUUUGUUUUUAAUUGAAGCACAAAUAGUGUAAAAAUAACUCCCUCACCUCCAGGUUUGAUGUGGGCCCCAUCCUAAACCAGGAGUUGCAGCAGGUCCCUGAGAACUGCACUGCUGAUGAGCUUGGAAACGUUCUAGCCACCAAGGGAGCAAAUCUGGUGAGUGUCUGAAACAGUGUUUCUCAUCAGUGCCUGACUGUCUCCCUGACAGGACUGUGACUUAGCCGCCUUUUUGUGUUUGUUUGGUGGAUUACAGCUGAUUGACACAUUGAUGACGCUAUCUGAGAGAAUAGUGAACAGGAGGGAGCAAGCACAGACAGGUGUAACCUUUGGUAAGUAGGUAUAAGCCACACAAGACAACUGUGGCUGCAGACCCAGAGGCUGCAGAUUAAGGACUGCAAGUCUCAGACUUGUUUGUGCAGGAACACACAGUGGCUGCCAGUGACCUUAUAUUUAAUGUCUAAAGCCUCCUGCUUACAUGACUUUCAUCCAACAGCCCCAAAAAUCAAUACAUCCAUGAGCUGGAUUUUAUGGGAGGAACAGACUUGUGACCAGAUCGGCCGUCUGUACCGUGCCAUCGGAUCUCGGGUAACAUAGACUGAUCUGUAAGAAUAAUAAUUUCUGUUGAAUGCCACUUAAGGGAUUUGUUUUUCUGCCUCCAGAUACCUUUGAGGACCAUGUGGAUGGGGAGGACAGUCAAACUUUCACAUUUUGUAGGAAGAUGUCACAUUUCAUUUUCAGGUGAAGUAUAUCAAAUUUAAUUUAUUCAACUGUAAAUAUGAAAAAGCAGAGUGUCUGUGUAUGGAAAUGUCCUCAAGGCCUCAGCGCUGCAGAACGUCGACACUGUAGCAACGGUCUCUGUCAGCCAUGUGUUGAUUAACUUUGAUGACACGUAUUCCCCAUUUUAAGACUGGUGCAAGAGUGAAUAUGAGAGUACUGCAGCUUAUAAAGGAGAACUGUCUAGAGAGGAGAGUCAUUCAUUCAUAUAACUGUUAUCACGUUGUUUUGGAUAGACUGCCUUGGUUAAAUGUUUUACACUGGUACUGCAGUUUUUUUUUAUUUAAGCACACGCACACUUCCCCUCUCAAGAAACAAGACACCUGCACCAGAGGACCAUUUGUGUGUCUGUUUAGAAACACUGAGUUCAUCAUUUUCAAAAGAAGAGCAUGUGUGCUAAAUGAGAGUCCAGAUGGGCUUCAGAUUUGACAAAUGCAAAGUGGUGUGUGUGUUUGCAGCCCUGUUCCAUUCCUGAGCUCUUGUAUUGAUCUCAGGUGUUGUUCACAGAUCAAAGACAAACACCAGUCCCUGGUUCAGUCCGGUAUCAAAAGGAGUCCAGUAUUCUAGCUGUCUGCUGCAAGGUCUGUUUAAAUCUUAUUUAUGCUGGUGAAACAAAAAAUGCAAAAACAAAAAAUCAAAAUUCAAAAGACAGCAUAUAAUUGUCAAGAGAUGGUUAGAAUUUCACAUCUAAAACCAAACAUGAGCUAAUUCCAUAACUCCAAAUGUUCCAUUUUACACCACACAACACGUUAAAAUGAAUAUUUUUUUCCCCCUUUUUACCACAAAAAGAUUUUGAAGUGAUAUUUUUUUUAGGCUAAAUGUGCUGAGAUGAUUGUUCUGGUCUUUGUUGUCUUCUCCAGGAUGGCUGGGUAGGGUUUAAAGAAGUGCUGCUGAAGAAGAGGCUGACAGCAGCCGAUUUCUACAAUGGUUACCUACAUCAGACAGAUGAGCAGUUGUUCGUCAGCAGGAAAACAGCUUCCAAAGACCAUCAAACCAGAGGAAAAUACACAGUGCAGACAUGACUGAUGAAAUAUUCUGUUUGGUUUGUAUUUUACACUUGUCUGUUUUAGGACAUGCUGAAUUUAUGUAUCAUACAUUUGAAAUAAACUGAUGUAGGUUUUACAAAUAAAUACCAGAAAGAAUAGUGGAAACAUUUUGGAUCUUAUUAUUAACCAUGCUUUGGGUUUAAUUAGGUGCUACAAAAACUACAUGAAUGUAAUGUUAAGGUAUGGAAGUGUCUAACUGAGAAAGGGCUGAGUUCAAGGUACUGUCUUGUUUAUAGCAGCAUUAAGCUCAACAGACUUGGUGGAGACCGCCACUGUGAGGCUUCACCAGUGGGACUGCUGAGCAAGGGAGGGUUUUAGUUUUCCACUGGACUGCAAGAUAUCCCUGAAUAUUCUCAUUUCUAUACACCAUCCAAGUACAAACAGAAUAAACAUUUUAAUAAUCUUGAUCAGAUAUGAGGUAGUUAAAAAGUUUGACUCAUCACCUGGUUAAAGAAUAAUUGUCUAACUGGAUAACUCAAAAACCACAAACAGCAUUCAUUAAUGGAAGUUACUUUCAAAUUGAUUGAUUCGAUUGAUUUCAAAUCAUUGAUGAAAACAGAGGUUUAAGAUAAAUAAGGCCCAUGGAAAAUUACUAAUAAAAUUUGUAAUGCAUACAUAUUUUUUGUUUUUUUCUUUUUGGCCUUUCGAUCGCAGAGCAUGUAUCACUUUUUCAAAAAAAUAAUCCACAUUUUAUUCUUCCUCUCAAAAUCCCACCACGGCACAUUAAUACCUGCUGGAAGAAAGAGGGAGACAACCAGGCUUCCUCUAUGGAGACAGAGGGCUUUCUGUUGUUUCAAUGCCUUUACUUGAUGAAGGUAUUGUAGGUUUACACUGUAAGAAGUGUCACUAAAUGCCUCUGCCGGUGUUGGAACUUGCUCUGCUUCUUAAUAUGCUUGUACUUGCAUAUUGUGCACUGACAUAGACUUGAAUUAUUGUCAUAUGAUUAUCAAGUUCUUUGACAAUAAUUUCCAUUUUUUUCCCCUUGCCAUAGCAAUCUCAACUUUUAAUUGUUCAAAAGAUGCUAUGAUUACAGCUGCAUGUCUUGGAAAUGUUGAAUAUUUUUCAUCCAUCAUUUAAAUGAAAAUUUGAUGUCUCCUA